AGCAGCCAAACAUCAUUCAGCCAUGGAUAUCAAAGCAACAGCGCGUCAGAGACACCAUCCCCAGGAAGCUGGAGAAGAUGAGACUGCUUCCCCCAACCCAGAGGGCUGGAAGAUCAACUACGAGAAGUCGUGGCUACACCGUCAUUGCUCUUCCUUGAUCCUCCGCGACAAGCAGGCCCAGAAGGCCGGGCGGCUUUUCUCAGGACUGAUGGCCAUGAACGUGGUGUUCCUGGGCAGUGCCUUCAUCUGCAGCAUGAUUUUCAACAAGGUGGUCAUUACGCUGGAAGACGUCUGGAUCUUCCUCUCCAUCCUCAAGAUCCUGGCCUUAGGCUGGAUGGCUAGCUAUUUAUUGUUCACCAGGAGGAAGCCACAUGCUAUCUUGUACCGGGAUGCCCAUGCAGGGCCCAUGUGGGUGAAAGGUUCUCUAAUCCUGUUUGGCACUUGCAGUGUCCUCCUGCACAUGUUCCGGAUUGGGUACAACAUUAUCCAUAUUCAGUGUAAAUCCCAGGUGGCCCUUUUGUUCCCAUCCAUAGGAAUCCUUUUCAUCUGCAUUCAGACUUACUUUAUAUGGUGCCAUGCAAAGGAUUGCACCCAGGUUCACCACAACUUCACAAGAUGUGGGCUAAUGCUGACCUUAGCCAUUAACCUCUUGCUGUGGCUCUUAGCAGUGACCGAUGACUCAGUUCACAAGGAAAUUGAAUCAGAACAAAACAAUACCAUGCAGAGAGAUGAAGGCAAUGGGACCAGCUCCUGCAAGUGCUCCAACACAACAGGCUGCAAGGUCUUCCAGAAUGGCUAUAUUUUGCUGUACCCCUUCAACACAGAAUACUGCCUGAUCUGCUGCUCCAUGCUUUAUGUCAUGUGGAAGAACGUGGGCCGGCGCAUAGCUCAGCACCAUAAUACUUGUGCCAAGCCCAGAGUCAAACCCCAUGGGGUCAUUUUCGGGCCACUGCUGGGCAUCAUUGCAGUGAUUGCUGGCAUCUGCAUUUUCAUGGUGUAUCAGAUCCAAGCCACCAGCUCCUCCCCGAGCCAUCAAGCGUUCAUUCUCUAUUAUUCCUACUACAUUGGUUUGUUGCCUGUAAUGACACUAGGAGCCUUAAUUGGAACCAUCACCCAUGGCUUAGAAGAGAGGGAGCUGGACACGCUAAAAAACCCAACGCGAAGCCUCGAUGUGGUAUUGCUCAUGGGAGCAGCCUUAGGCCAGAUCGGCAUCUCUUACUUUUCCAUUGUGGCCAUCGUGGCCACAGACCCGACGGAUUUGUUGAACAGCAUCAUCCUAGCCUAUUCAGUGAGCCUCAUCAUUCAGCACAUCACCCAGAACAUCUUCAUUAUUGAGGGGCUCCAUAGAAAGCCACUGCCGGUAAAUGAAGCUCGCAGCCAGGCUGAACAUUCCAGGAAUGGUUCUACCUCAACCCGGAGCCCACACAGUGAACACAUGAUUGUAUCCCCUGGCUGUCGAGAGCCUGUCUCAUCCACAGCCAACAAGGAGGCAGAUCCAAAUGAAGGGGAGAAAUGCGAACGUGCUAGCGUCCCAAAAUUUUGCAACCCAGAGAGAAGGCAGGACAUCCGGAAAGCUUCACAGACCUAUAUCCAGACCUACAGCCAUUUGAACUGGAAGAGGAAAGCUCUGAGAGAGAUCUCUAGCUUCUUGAUCAUGUGCAACAUCAUAUUGUGGAUCAUGCCAUCAUUUGGAGCGCAUCCGGUGUUUGAGAAUGGAAUAGAGAAAUCAUUUUAUGGCUACUCCACCUGGUUUGUUAUCGUCAAUUUCGGGCUUCCCUUGGGUGUGUUCUACAGGAUGCAUUCCGUUGGCGAUCUUCUGGAGGUGUACCAAUCUGCUUGAACUCAACUCAAGCCUUCAUACAUUGACAGCAGAGUGAAAACUUCACUGAAAUAUUUAUGGAAACCAGUAAAUGUUAUGAGAAUAUGACAUUAAAAAGUCAAAACUG